AUGUCAAAUCUUGCUAAACUUGAAUUUGCGGCCUUAGACAUCUCAGAUGCUAAAGGUCUAGGAAAUACUAUAUUAGCAGAUAAAGAAGCAUCUAAUCAAGACAAGGCACAAGCAAUGAUUUUCAUCCGUCAUCAUCUGCAUGAAGGAUUAAAAGUGGAAUAUCUCACUGUGAAAGACCCUCUUGAGUUGUGGAAAAAUUUGAAAGAAAGAUUUGACCAUCAGAAAAUUGUGAUACUCCCUAAAGCUCAUUAUGAUUGGAUGCACUUACGGUUGCAAGAUUUUAAGACUGUAAGUGAAUACAAUUCAGAACUUUUCAAAAUUAGUUCUCAACUAAAAUUAUGUAGAGAAAACAUAACUGAUGAGGACUUGUUAGAGAAAACAUUUUCAACCUUUCACGCUACUAAUGUGCUCCUGCAGCAGCAAUACCGUGAAAAAGGUUUUAAAAGUGCAAAAGAAAGUAAUCCACGCCUGAAGCGUGGAAGGCCAAUCGGUUCCAAAGAUAAAAAUCCUCGUAAAAGGAAAGGAUCAAUUAUUCAAGAUGGUAAUAUUGUGGAGGCAAGUGCCUCAGAAGAGUCCAAAGAUAUAACUAAUCAAAAAACCCCAGAAGAGGUUCAGGUGCAACUUGCUGAUGGGACAAGGGCGGUGCUGCAGGCGGUGGAGCAGUUGGUCGACUUUGGUAGAGGCAGAUGGUUUGGCGCCGAGUGCUAG